GCGACUCACGUACAGACCCGUUGGUGGUCGAAACAACCAGCGGGCUGAUACGUGGCACGUCAAAGACAGUUCUGGACCAUGAAGUCCACGUCUUUCUGGGCGUGCCCUUUGCCAAGCCACCGAUCGGGCCACUUCGAUUCCGGAAGCCUCUGCCAAUGGAGCCAUGGCAUGGAGUUUUGAACACUACUACGUUGAGUAACAGUUGCUUUCAAGAACGCUACGAGUAUUUCCCGGGAUUUGAAGGGGAGGAAAUGUGGAAUCCUAACACCAAUGUAUCUGAGGACUGUCUAUAUUUGAAUAUUUGGGUGCCACAGAAGUACAGGCUGCGUCAUAAAGAGACCCCGGGUGAUGACAAACGAGGAAUGCCAAUGCUAGUUUGGAUUUAUGGGGGUGGAUAUAUGACCGGAACCGCGACCUUGGAUGUUUACGACGCGGAUUUGAUGGCAGUUACCAGCAACGCAAUUAUUGCGUCGAUCCAGUACCGGGUUGGGGCUUUUGGUUUCUUGUAUUUGAACAAGUACUUUGGUCAGAAUGAGGAAGCUCCUGGGAAUAUGGGUCUCUGGGACCAGGCACUGGCUCUAAAGUGGCUAAAAUCCAACGCUGCUGUAUUCGGUGGAGAUCCCGAGGCGAUAACAAUUUUUGGUGAAAGCGCGGGAGGUGGUUCCGUGUCGUUACAUCUUAUUUCCCCGGUAACUAGAGGACUCGUGAGACGCGGAGUGCUACAGAGCGGGACCUUAAAUGCGCCAUGGAGCUUCAUGACCGCCGAAAAGGCGACGGAUGUGGCCAGAGUACUGGUCGAUGACUGUGGCUGCAACUCGACCAUGCUUAUGGACAAUCCUGCCAGAGUUAUGGCCUGUUUGAGGUCCGUUGAUGCUAAGACUAUCAGUGUCCAACAGUGGAAUAGUUACUGGGGUAUUUUAGGUUUUCCAUCAGCGCCUACUAUUGAUGGUGUUUUUUUACCAAAACAUCCCCUCGAAUUGCUCAAAGAGGCUGAUUUCGCAGAAACCGAAAUCCUUAUUGGAAAUAAUCAGAACGAAGGAACUUAUUUUAUACUCUACGAUUUUAUCGAUUACUUCGAAAAAGACCAGCCGAGUUUUCUGCAACGAGAAAAAUUUUUGAGUAUCAUAAACACCAUUUUCAAAAACAUGACUGACGUCGAAAGAGAAGCUAUUGCAUUUCAAUACACCGAUUGGGAACGGCCUAAAGAUGGUUACAGAUAUCAGAAAGCGAUUGCCGAUAUUGUAGGCGAUUAUUUUUUUAUAUGUCCGUCCACACUGUUCGCUCAAUUGUUUGCUGAACGUGGUAUGAAGGUCUACUAUUAUUUCUUUACACAAAGAUCAAGCACGAAUUUGUGGGGUAAAUGGAUGGGUGUAGUACACGGUGAUGAAGUUGAAUAUGUAUUUGGACACCCAUUAAACACGUCACUAAAAUAUACUGACAAAGAACGCGAGUUGUCAAUGAAAAUAAUCUCAGCAUUUUCAAAUUUCGCUUUCACUGGCAAACCAACAGAAGGUGAUGACUGGCCAGCUUACACUCGUGACGAACCUCAGUAUUAUAUUUUCAAUGCAGAAACGAACGGGCUUGGUACCGGACCACGGUCUCCAGCUUGCGCAUUCUGGAAUGAAUUUUUACCCCGAUUAGCAGGCGUACCAGAUCCAUCACCAGAAGCCUGUAAUAGCGCGAUAGCCUCCAGUGUCUCUGCCGGUGCACAGAAGUUGCGUUCGACCGUUUUACUGAUGAUCGCACUGAUAGCAUUCACUGGAGUCAUUUAGGUCACACUAACAACGGGAAUUAUAAUUAAUUCCAGGUCAUUGAUAACCUAAAAAUUAAUUAACCAAAAAAAACAAAUAGACCAGAACUAAACGAGACAAUUAAAUAAGCACCAAAAUAUUAAAUGGUCAAACGACUUAGUGACAGAAUUUGCUGUCUUGAUUUAAAAAACAAAAAUCAUCAUGAUGAUGAUUGAUGAUUAAUGAUCAAUGAUGAUCAUU